AGCGGAGCCUUCACACGCCAGCGGCGGGCGCGGGGCGGGACGGGCCGGGCCGGCGCCUCCAUCUUGGGCUGCAGCGGCCGCGGGGAGCCAGGUCCCAGCUGGAUCACGGGGUUGACAUGGGAAGGGGCCUGGUGACGUCACAGCCAGUUCAGCCAACGAGUAUCCAGAGGAUUCUGUCCGGGGAGAAGCAGAGCCGAGGAGCCGGGGGGCAGGAAGCUGUAGUCGAUGAGGGCACCUCCCACAGCUCUGUGGCCCCGCCAUGGCCCCGGUGCUGGAGCUCUCGGACGCCGCUCACGCCCGCUGCCUGCUGGUGGAGCUGAAUGAGCAGCGGCUGCGGGGCCAGUUCUGCGACGUCACCAUCAUCGCCGAAGACACCAAGUUCCCGGCCCACAAGAACGUGCUGGCGGCUUCCAGCCCCUACUUCAAGGAGGUGCUGUCGGACGAGCCGGCCGGCUGCCAGCCGGCCCAGGUGCUGGAGCUGCCCGACAUCCAGGCCGGGGUCUUCUCUGACAUCCUCAACUUCAUCUACCGCUCCCGCCUCUCGGUGCCCAGCCCGGCCGCCGCCCAGCAGAUCGGAGCCGCCGGGCGCCGCCUCGGCAUCUCCUGGCUGGAGAACCUGGACCCCGCCGAGCAAGCCAAGGAGAUGAGCGAGCCCUGGAGCCCCGAGGCCGCCGGAGACACCUCGGCCUCCUCCCCGAGAUCCUGCGCCUCCCCCGUGGACCUGACCUGCCCGUCGCGGCCGGCCGCCAGCCCCGUCUGCCUCCAGGAGCCGGCCCGGCCGCCCAGCCCGCAGCAGGAGGUGGACAAUGAAACCGAGACGGCGAAGAUCCUCUACGCCCUGAGCACGGCGCCCGCCGAGCCGGGCGCCCCGGACUGGGAACGGGAGCCCGGCGCCGGAGACCCCCCCGCCGCCGGGAGCGAGCCGGCGCCCUCCUCUUCCUCGCCGGCGGGCAGCGCCUUCCGCUGCGGGCUCUGCAGCCGGUCCUUCGCCACGCCGGCCGCCCUGAGCCUCCACCUCAAACUGCACCGGAGCCGGCGCUCCCUCUCCUGCCGCCACUGCAGCAAGAGCUUCAUCCACGUCAAGCGGCUGCAGACGCACGAGGUGCUCUGCAAGGAGGCGGGCGAGGAAGAGGAGGAGCCGGCGGCAGCGGGCGGCUCGGAGGCGCCGGCCCCGCUUCCUCCCGCCGCUCCGGCGCUGCCCAAGCCGGCGUCUUCCAAGAAAGGGCUCCUCUUCCGCCACCGGGCCCUGCAGCGGCUGGAGUACAUCCCGGAGCAGGACCACUUCGUCAAGGUGGUGGAUGGGCACGUCAUCUACUUCUGCACCGUCUGCGAGCGCUCCUACAUGACCCUCUCCAGCCUCAAGCGCCACUCCAACGUCCACUCCUGGCGGCGCAAGUAUCCCUGCCGAUACUGCGAAAAAGUCUUCGCCCUGGCCGAGUACCGCACCAAGCAUGAGGUGUGGCACACCGGCGAGCGCCGGUACCAAUGCAUCUUCUGCUGGGAGACCUUCGUCACCUACUACAACCUGAAGACCCACCAGAAGGCCUUCCACGGCAUCAACCCGGGGCUCAUCUCCUCCGAGAAGACGCCCAACGGGGGCUACAAGCCCCGGCUCAACGCCCUCAAGCUUUACCGCCUCUUGCCCAUGCGCUCCCAGAAACGGCCCUACAAGACGUACAGCCAGGGCCUGCUGCCGGAGGGCCUGCUGCUGCCCCCGCCGCAGCCCCUCCCCGUGGCGCUGGGCGAGGGGGACGCCGGCCCCGGCGGGGAGGCGGGGCCCGCCUUCGGGGCCGCCCAGGCCUUGGAGCCGCCCGAGGCCGAGCGAUUCCUCCGGCCGGCGCCGGCCGAGCAGCGCGAGCCGGGGCCGCCCCCCUUGCCGGCGGAGGAGGCGCGGCGGGCGCCGGCGGAGGGCGAGGCCCCGUCGGUCAUCGCCUACGGCCACCCGGCCUCCUCGGUCAUUGUGCACAGCACCUCGGUGGUGCCGGCGGGAGGCGGGGGCGGCCAGGCCUCCUCGGUCAUCACCUUCAACAGCGCGCCGGCCGCCCCCCGCCCCACCCCGGCCGAGCCCCUCAAAAAACAAGUGCUGAAGGAAUACAUCCAAGCCCAGAAGGUGGCCGAGCAGGCCGCGGAGCAGGCAGGCGGCGGGGAGCCGCCCAAACCCCGCAGCCUGCGGCCCGGCCGCACCAUGACCUACAUGGCCAAGCCGGCCUACGUUGGGGCCGCCUCGGAGAGCCGCAGCGCCCCGCUGUGCCAGAUCACGGUGCGGAUCGGCGAGGAGGCCAUCGUCAAGCGGCGCAUCUCCGAGACCGACCUGAUGCUGGACAAGAGCCCGCGGGGCCCCAAGCGCUUCGAGUUCGGGCCGGCCGAGAAAGCGGCUCCCGGCAAACGCGCCAGCGGCUCCUACGCCAACAACGAGAGCGGCGAGGAGGAGAGCGACCGGGACGCCGAAGACCAUCUCUGGCGUCCGUACUACACCUACAAGCCCAAGCGCAAGGCCUGCGGCUCCGGCGGGGCCGGCUCCGGCGUCCCCAAGGUGAAGCGGUCUUCCCGGUGGCGCCGCAAGCUGCGCUCCCUCCGCUGGAUGAAGCGGGCGGAGAAGGAGGAGGAGGAAGGGGAGGAGCCCAGCCCGGCGCCUGCCCCCGCCUCGCCCGUUCCCGGCGGCUCCGACGCCCCGGCGCCCGAGCCGGCGCACAAGGCCGGGCGCGGCAACGCCGAGUGGAAGCACGAGUGCGGCGCCUGUGGCAAGCUCUUCUCGGCGCUGAAGAAGCUGCGGAAACACGAGCGGGUGCACGGGCGGCCGGACAAGGACGAUCCGGCGCCGGCUCCGGCCCACCGGGUGGGCCGCAAGCCCUCGGUCAAGUUCACCUGCACCCACUGCGCCAAGGUCUGCAAGACGGCGGCGGCCCUGAGCCGCCACGUGAAGCGGCAUGAGGGGGAGAGCCGGGAGCCCGGCCCGCCCGCCAUGACCACCGUCAUUGCCUAUUCCAAAAAGCCGGAGGAGCCGGAGCCGGCGCUGACGGCCGUCAAGGAGGAAAUCACGCAGGAGAUGCAGGUCUCGUCGUCCAGCGGGGAGCCGCCGGCGGUGGAGGCCAGUCGGGCCCGCGCCGCCGGCCAGCCGGCCACGCCGGAGAGCCAGGGGGCAGCGCCGCCCCGGGAGGAAGAGGUGAUGCCGCCGGAGAGGGGCGGGCCAGAGGAGGCGGCUGCCCCGCUUGCCGAAGCCACCACCAGCCGUGCCGAGCUGGCCCCGGCGCCGCCCGCCCCCCGGGCCGCCCUCUCCUUGCAAGACCCUGUCAUCUCGCACACCAGCCCGGCCCCGGCGCCGCCCGACCAGGAGGAGGCGGGCGGCUACCCGGAGCGGUACCCGGUGCAGGAGUACCCCCUGCCCCUGCUGGCGCCGGGGGGCUGCCGGACCCGCAAGGAGGCGGAAGAGAAGCCUGCCUUCCUCGCCUACCCCAGCCCCGUCCCCUUCAACGCCGUGGGCAAGGCCGGAGACGGGGAGGGCAAGGUGAGCUUUUACCCCGACCCCUACCCGCUCAUGUACGGGCACCAGCUCCUGGCCGCCUACCCGUACAACUUCACCAACCUGGCCGCCCUGCCCGUGGCGCUGAACAUGGUCCUGCCGGACGACAAAGGCCAGCCCCUGCCGUUCCUGCCCAGCGUCUUCGGCUACUCGGUGAACCCGUGCCGCAACGAGGCCCAGGACGGGGCCGGGGCCAGCAGCGGGGCGGGGGGCGGGCCGGCCCUUCCCCGGGGCGGGGUCCGGGGGGAGCCCCCGGCCCCCGAGCGCCUGAAGAAGGGAAGUUUCCUGUGAGGGGCGGGGGGGGGGGCGGGGGAAGGUUGCCGGAGCUGGGCUCUGUGAUAUGGGGGCGAGGCGCGCUGGAGCCGGGGCGGGGAGCGGAGGGAGGGGCUAUCGAGCCCCCCCCCCCCCACCGGAAGUGUGAUGUGAGGACCUGGGCUGUGAGCUGUCACUCCCGACGGAGCAGCCCUGCCCCCCAGUGACUUCCGGGGACCCCCUCCCCGAUCCCCACGCCCUUCAGGGCCCCUUACCCCUCGCAGUACCCCCCCCCCCAACCCCAAGGGGUGCCAGAGCCCCGGCCUCACAGCUGGCACAUCUGGGGGGAAGGGGCUGUUACCCCAAGGGAGGGGCUCCCCCCAUAACGCUGAGUGGGACCAAUAUGGGGGAUGGGGUACCCCAUAUGCCCCCCAGAGAGUAAGGAGGUGGUUUGGGGCUGGAGGAGCCCGGCUGCGAGGGGGGGGGGCACUACAGUUUUCCCCUCCCAGAAUGCACUGCAAAUACCCCUACCCCCACUGCAGCCCGGCUUCCUGCCCCGGGCAGUCCCCCCACCUGCCGCUGUCCUCAGCUUCCUGUCCUGGGCCCCCCAUUCCCCUGCCCCGGACACCCCAUGCACCCCCCAUUCCCUUGCACCAGGCACUUCAUGCACCCCCCAUUCCUCUGUGCUGGGUACCCCAUGCACCCCCUGUUCCCCUGUCCCGGUCACCCCUUAUUCCCCUGCCCCGGGCACCCCAUGCACCGCACAUUCCCCUGCCCCGGGCACCCCAUGCACCCCAUUCCUCUGUGCUGGGUACCCCAUGCACCCCCCAUUCCCGUGCCCUGAGCGCCCCAUGCACCCCAUUCCUCUGUGCUGGGCACCCCAGGCACCCCCUAUUCCCCUGCCCUGGGCACCCUGUGCACCCCCCAUUCCCCUGCCUCGGGCACCCCCCUUUCUCUUGCCCUGGGCACCCCGCAUUCCCCCUCCCAGGGCCCGCGCCCGGCCCUGGCGGGGCGCCAGGCUCGGCGGGUGACGCGGCGUUCUGGAGCCUCGACCGGCUGAGUCACUUUUUCCUUUCGGGCCGGGAGCCCUGCCCCGGCUCCGGCCCUUCCAGAAACUUCCCCGCCUGGGGGGGGGGUGUCCCGGCUUCUCCCAGCAGGGGGGUGCUGCCCCCUGGCCCCCAAUCUUCCCUGUGGGGAGAUGGGGGAGUUCCCAUUUGCACUAGCCGUUUCCUGUUUUGGGCCACUGACCCCCCCCCCCCACCGCUGCACUAGCCCCUUCCCCGCUCAGAGCGCCCCGUCUUUCUCCAUCACCCCCUCCAGGACCGGACCCCCCCCCUUGUAGGAAUUAGGACCCCGGAGCUGGCUCUGGGGUGUCGGUUCACACCCCCCCCAGAUGGCAAGACAGGGGGGUGGUAUAGGAAAAAAGGGGGGUAUCCCCCCAAAAAAGAGACCCCUAAUACGACUGUGUGGUUCAAGCGACUCCAAAAGUGUGGGGGGGGCCCCCUCGGCCUACCCAGCCAACUCCAGCCCCCCACGAUCCCUCCCCAAACCUGCCCCCCUAAAAUCCCCUCCUCUGUCCCCCCACCCCAAGCUGCUUCUCUGCCAGUGUCCCUAAAAUCUCCCCGUCCGCUGUGCCCCCCAAUCCACCCCCUGCCCCCCCAAAUCCUGCGCCUCUACUAUCCAGCUGCCCUCACUGGCCCCCCUCUGCCCCCCCAAAACUAGCACAUUUUAAACCAUCCAGUCUCUGGGUGGAGGGCUGCAUUACAGAUCUUUGGGGGGACCUGUCACCCCUUAUUCUGCAGAUCUUGUCCCCCCCAAUUGCUAGCACCCCCCCUCCCCCUAAGAACCAGGUUCCUUUGCCUUCUUUUGGGGGGAACCCCAUGCACUCCCAUUCCCCUGUGCUGGGUACCCCAUGGGGGUGCAUGGGAGGAGGGGGGGUCUGCACCCCUUUGAUCCCUGACAUCUGGGUCACGAAGGAUUUGAGCUGUGCCGUGAAGGGGGGAGGGGGAUUGUGCCUCUCCCAGAAUCCUUUGUUGCCCUAGGAGGCGAGUGGGUCAGAUUUGGGGGAGCAAAGGGGUGUGUGGAUUUCCCUGUGGGGGUUGAGGGGGUGGGAAUCUGGGGUUCGGCCCGUUUAUACAGCCCCGUAGCUGGGGGGAUGAUCUCCCUGCCUCAACCUGGGGGGAGGGGCUAAGGAGGAAAUGGGGGGGAGGAAAUUUGUCCCCCCACUUUCAGACAGCCCCCCUGAAAUUUCCCCCCAAACUCACCCCUGAAUUGUCCCCCUAAACUGCCCCUCUCCCCCAAACUCACCCACGACCCCCAUGGACCAUUGGGCUGGGGAGGGGAGCAGAGAAUCCCCCCCCGCCCACUUCCAAGGAUGGGGGGGGUCUCUGUCACUUCUCCCCCCGCCCAACGUUCCAGCCAGCAGGGGGCGCUGCUGGGCAUGCAGCUUUGCCCUGGGCUCUGAUCUGCCUGGGGGACCCUCCCAGGCCGGCCGCAGCCCCCUGCCGUUGGGGGCGCACCGUGGGGCUGCGGCACCGGAAAUGGGGCCGGGCGUGCGUAGCCCUUGUGCGCUUCCUAUAGCGUGGCAGGGCAAUGCCCCCUGCCCCGCUGCGGCCGCAGUGCAUCGCGGGGGGCAGUGCCCCCGGCCCCGCUGCCCCCCGGCGCUGCGGUUUCCAGCGCUCCCUGCUGCGGCGCAAGCCUGGCGCCGGCCUGCAGCUCCCCGUGGGCCGUGCACCGCAAUAAAAUGCGCAUCCCCCCCCCCCCCCCCCCCCGCGGCACUUUGGUGCAGCCCGACGCACAUUCCAGCCCCCGCCGGGCAAUGCCGACCCCGGCGCUGCGGGGCGAGGGCCAUUGCAAUCCAGCCCCCCCCCCCCGCACCCGCAGCCCACCCAUGCAUCCACUGCAUUGCAAUGCCCCCCCCCCGGCGUGGAUUGCAUGGGUGGGCUGCGCGGGGGCGGAUUUAGCAGAGAGCACCAAAGGUGUCCUGGGCGCGUAUCCCCCCCCCCUCCGCAGUUGGGGGGCGGGUGGGGGGGGGAUGGGGGCCCGGAGCUGGGGGGGGGCAGUCACUGAUUUGUACAUAGCUGUCCGUCUCGGAGAUCUUUUUUGCACUUUCGUCACUGAGCCCCCCCCCCAGUGAGCGUGGAGCUAUUGCUACUGAAUGUAACCUUCGUGUUUAUUUUCUAGAUUGCACCUCGGGUUAGUCUGACGGCACUUUAUAGACCUAACGAACCGGUGGAACCCCCCCCCGCCCCCCCCCCAAGAAACGAGCAAGCAAAAAAACCACCCCCCCAACCGCCCCGCCCGCGCCAAACCAAGGUAAAACGUUUCCGACCCUCCAGAAAAUCCCCCCCCCCCCCAUCCCCUUCCAGCCGCUUUGAUCCCGGUCUCUCUGUUCCAACCGUGACUGUGUGGAAGACCCGUAGAGAACAAGCCGAUAUUUAUCUUUCUGCAUCUCUUGUGUGUAACUCGAAUAACUUCUCCGAAAUAAAACGACGACUAUACGCUCA